AUGGCUAGCCAUUCUGCGAUACAAUUUGAGCAUGGCGAUGGAGAUGAUGAAUACCUCCUACACGGAAGUGACUCCUAUGCGACAAACCAUCGACAUCCCCAAGAGUUACAGCGACUUUCAGCAUUUCACCAGCUGACCACAAAAGUACCGCCAUCUUAUGAUGAUUAUGAUGGGCGAGGAAGUUGGUUUGCCUAUGAGGACGCGAUCGAUGACUGGUGUGACAUCACAGAGCUAGACAAUGACAAAAGAGGACCAGCUUUGCGAAACCGUCUUGAAGAUGAAGCUGCAAUCCACAAGCGGCUUCUGGACAGUGAUCACGGAUUAAGCUACUUCAAGAGCUUCCUGCGGCCGCUCGUUGUGAAGGGCGCAGCCAAUGUGUUUCAACUCUCUGUUCAAAGGAUGCAAGAAGCUUGGAACGACACCUACCUUCCGAUCACGGAUCUCAACAACGCAGAAGUCAGAGCUUUCGUAGAAGGACUUCCACCCGAGGAACAAGCGGACAUCAUCAACGACGAGGACGGAGCAGCUCAGCUUGCCGAUGCUGCCCAGAGAAGUACACCAACGGUGUCUGCCACAACCUUCUUCGUUGACCACACGAACCUUUCCAACUUUUCGUUCAUGGCCACUGAAGAGAAGCAAGCAUUCAUCGCGCAGCCCCUGACACCGACUGCGAUGGUGUGGGACCUUGGUUGCACGAGAGCGAUGACUUGUCGGCCAUCGGCGCAGGACCUGAUGAAGUUCUGCGAUCAGAAUAAGGACUGUGGCAUUUGGUACAACAUCGCUGAGACCACGUCUCAGUUCCAGUUCGCUCUCCAUCGGGAUAAGGCGUAUCUGAGUAGCCCUGUACUGGGGAUUCAGAAUGUUCAGUUCAUGUGCAAUGUUCGAUUUGACAAGCACAAGAAGUCGAGCUUCCUCGCCUACUUCUCGCAUUACGAGUAUGGCUUCCACCAGAAGACCACGGGAAGCUUUCUGAAGAUGAGGAAGACCAAGUACACACCCAAGGCGGGCAACACGCCAAUCCCCCUGGAGUGCCUGGACACCGCGCGCAAGACGAUUAUGGAGUUCUCCAGGAGCAAGAUCGAGACUGAGGAAGAGAAAGAGAAGGUUGUUGAGCUUCCUCCCACGGCGGGAAAAACAGUCUUUAGGAGUUGGUCAGCAGAGCAAAGCUUGAAGACAGCUCAGCAAGAAAAGAAGCUCGCGCCGGAAGCUUUCCUCUUUCCAGACCGUCCGAAGGGUCCAGAGGACUCGACCAGCAUGCUUGGUCUGCCAGGAAAGAUCUACGACAAGUACGUACGACUUAGGGCAUCUUCCUUUGGUGAUCUCAUUUUUGUUGAUCAUGAAGAAAUUGAAUUUGGUCAGAAGGCUUAUCUUGCCUUGGUCAUAAUUGAUGGUGCCUCAAAUCUCCUGUGGGCAACGGCCCUUACGAGUCUGGAAGCGCCCGAGACUCUGGAUAGCGACAGGAAGACGGCCGCCAGACUUGCUUAUGUGGAGACCAGUACUCCAGAACAGCUCUCUCUCGACCCAGCUGAAGAGGAUCUAGCACGACGGGUGAUGCCGCCUGAUGGCCCACACAAGAAGGGAGAUCGUGCUUUUGUCUGGCGUAAAGAUGAGUCAAAGAAGAAGUCUGAAGGCGUCUGGGUCAGAGGAAUUGCUGUGUCACAAGAAGGUGCCAUGGUGUCGGUUGAGGCGCAUCGCCCUGUACUUCGAGUCAAUCAAUGGAAGGUCAGACGUGAUCACGAUCCGUGGCACGGUGUGGCCAUUCCUUUGAAGUCUGAUGACCGUUCAAGAAGCUCAUCUCAGGAUGAGGCACUUGACCGGAUUGGUGAUCAGAUUCUGGAACGUGCUUCGCGGGCUAUUGCUGCUACGAGCAUGGAAUCUGGUACCAUUCGCUUAUUUCAGGGAAGAGCGAUUUCGUUGAUCUCGCCUCACCUUACUGGCCUCGCUGCGUGUACCUGCCACGCAGGUCUCGCUGUGAGUAAACCUGUGUUGUUUGGUGAAUGGUCUAUCAAGACAUUUCAAUCUUCGAUUGGUUCUGCUUGGAAGACGAUCUCAGCGGCUGAGCCUGAUCAAGUUAUCAUUCACCCAGUCAUUCCUGCAGAAUGGGCUAAGAAAGCAGCACGUGCGUUCUGGCAAGUUUGUGCUGAAGUGUGUCAUUGGCAGGAUGAUAGAGGAUACUUUGUCACCAUCAUGUAUCCUUCUCAUUCUGGGUUUUGGUCGUCUCAGCGCAGUCACUCCUUGCAGUGGCGAAACAACAUGACGUUCUGCGCUUUCAAGAACAAGGGGGAACUAGAACAUGGAGAAUUGUUCUUUUUCACGAACCUUCCUGAAGGAUCUUUGGGUCGUCUGGAGUCGCUUGAUGAAGGCUAUGACUCGACGACUUUUCUUGAUCCUCGGUUCGCUGUUCUCUUUUCUCAGUGUCUUGUUGGUAACAGAUACUCAGAUUGGAGACAAGCUUACUUGUUCGAAGAUCUUUUCGAAGACUUCGACGAUGGAUCUCUGUGCACGUUGUGUUUGCGAUCGCAUCGUAACUCAGAAGCAUUGCCUGUUCUUCCCUUGAACGAAGAGUACCGCUUCCGGCGAAUGCCUCAACAGGCAACAGGGAAGCUUCCGCAAACGGUGCAGUUUGUCGCUCCACAGCGUUUUGUUACUUCGUCCUUGGUCCAGACCCUGUCUUACAUUGGCAACAUGUUGCCGGGUGUUGAGUUGGAAGUUCAUACAAACACAUCUCACGAUGCUUCGGUCUUACGGCCGAUGAUCAAGGACGUGAGAGUUCUGACACUUCCUACCUGGAGUUUGAGUUUUGCAAUGUUUACAGGGGGACUUAUGGAAAGACACUACCGCUGA